AUUUUUUUCAUUCUAGGUGUUUUAGACAGGAUAUAACAUGCACACUGUUUUUAUUUUUAUAGACCUAAAAAUAAAUAAAUAAAUUUAACAAUGCCACCAAAGAAAGGAAAAACUCGCAAAAGAGGAAAUUUUGAUGAAAACGAAAAACUAAAGGAGGGAGGAGUCGAUUUACUCUCCCCCUCUGAGGUUGUUAAAAUGCGCAAGAAAUCAAGAACUAUCGCGCAAGAUCCAUCACCAGAAGCACCAAGGGAGAGGGAAGGUAAAUCUAGCAGAAACAAGCAGCGUGCAGCAGAAAAACCGGGUAAUCGAGACAAAAGUAAAGAGCAUGACAAAAAGAAGGAUAGUAAUGGGAGAAACAAACGAGACAAAACCAACAAAGGAGAUACAAACAAGAAAUAUAAAAACGUGAAGGAAAAGAAACGAAAUGUCAAAAAGAAAACGAAAUCUGAAGAUAGCGACUCUGAACAUAUCCCGAUUUUGUAUCCAUGCGGCAUAUGCACCAAAGAAGUUAGUGACGCGGACGAUGCGAUUUUAUGCGAAGCCGGGUGUGAAUUUUGGUAUCAUCGCAUGUGUACUGGGAUGACUGACAUCGCAUACCAACUUUUAACAAACGAAGAAAACGCAGAAUGGGUAUGUGAUAAAUGUAUCGCAACCAAGUCUGUACCUUUGGUGAAAAUUAAAAGUUUUGGAGGCAUUUCGUAGCUACAAUGGAGAACACGCAAUAUGAACGAACUCCUUCGUGGCUAAUAAAACAGCCUAUAAGUCCAGCAUGGAUCCUUCUGUUCUGCUACGGAAAGACCAAACAGAUGAACAUUGUUCGACAACAUCAUAUGUAUAUAUUAAAUUUUAAAUAUUAGCGAAGAUAAUGGAGGUUAACUCCAACAAGCUUUAAACUUGCUAGUAAAAAGCUCCUAUUUAGCAGAACUUCGACAUUUUACAACACGAAAUAUCUCAAAUAGCAAAUCGUAAAGAUGAAAACUUUUAUAUCUUUUAAAAUUGCUACCUCCUACCAUUUUCAACUACCUUAAGGGAAAAAUCUUUUUGCGGGGGAAAAAUGUUUGUUGUGAUUAUGCAAUUCGUUAAAGUUUUUACGGAAAACAUUCGAAUCACGAGUUCGCACCACUACCAUUCAACCGCGUCCCCAUGACUUUUCUACUCCUACGAU